AUGGAUUUUGUCACAGGCCUACCCCCGUCUGGUGGCAAUACCGUGGUCCUCACUGUGGUGGACAGAUUCUCGAAGGCGGUUCAUUUCAUUCCCCUCCCCAAAUUACCCUCAGCGAGGGAGACAGCGGUCAUUGUCUUUGAUCACGUCUUCCGCAUCCAUGGCCUCCCGGUGGACGUGGUUUCUGACAGGGGUCCCCAAUUUACAUCUAGAUUUUGGACAGAGUUCUGUCGAUUACUGGGGGCGACAGUGAGCCUAUCAUCCGGUUACCAUCCGCAGUCUAACGGUCAGUCUGAGCGGGCCAAUCAGGACUUGGAGAGGGUCCUGCGUUGCGUGGCGUCAGCAGAGCCUUUGACUUGGAGUUCCAAAUUAGCCAUGGUCGAGUACGCACAUAACUCCCUCCCGGUCUCGUCUACGGGAUUGUCACCCUUCCAGUGCUGUUUAGGCUACCAGCCCCCUUUAUUUCCCUCACAAGAAUCCGACGCCAUUGUUCCAUCCGCGCAUGCGUUUAUUCGGAGAUGCCUCCGGACAUGGAGGCUCGCCAGACAAGCCCUUAUCCGGACUGGCGAAAGGAACAAGACGUCGGCGGACCGUCACCGCUCUAAGCCCCCACUUUAUGUAUGCGGUCAGAAGGUUUGGUUGUCUACCCAAGACAUCCCUCUCAAACUGCCCGCACGUAAACUGGGACCUAAAUUCAUUGGACCGUACAUCGUGACUAAGGUGCUUAACCCGGUGACCGUUCGACUCAAGUUACCCCGCAUGCUUAAGAGAGUUCACCCCGUGUUUCAUGUAUCCAGAAUCAAGCCCGUCAUUCGCUCCCCCUUCCAACCCCAGACCUCGGCCCCUCCGCCUCCUAGACUCAUCGCUUCAUGUUUCGAAAAUCAAGCCCGUUAUUCACUGCCCCCUCCAACCCCAGAUUGUCACUGCGAUAGGUACGUGUCAGCGGAGGAGCUGUGUAACUCUUCAUGUGUGUCCACACUGCCGGUGCUCUCUGCCAGACUGGAUACAGACGGACAGCUACUGUUGAGAAUCAAAGCCGCAGAUGAAAGCAAAACCUGGAGCAGGAAUAUGAUAAAUGUACUAGGACCUGAUGUUCAUGUCAAGAACAUUGGAAGGAUCCACGUCGUCCAGUUCGCUCCUGAGGGAGUGUUUGGUUGUAUUUUAAAAGACCCCUUGCUCAUUGAUUCUUUAGUAAGAGAACCAGUUGAAAUUCUGGAGAGAGAUUUAAGGAAGAAACGACAUGCUGAUCAGAGUGAGGUUUCCGAGCCUCUUCCACGGAUCCCAAAUCCCAUCGCAUGUCUGUCCCCAAAUGAUAUGCUCAUCUUUCAGCUCACCAUCAACCACACCGACCGCCACUACAGUCACUUCCCAGUGUACCAGAAGGAUCACCUGUUCAGCAGUAACCCUGGCUGGGAUUUUGGGGCAUUUAGACGUCUGCAGCAUCUUGUCAAACACACACAGCUUAAUUCCAGCAGAUUUGCGCAUGUGUUCAUGGAGCCGGGAAAGUAUGUGUUCCUGGAUAACGCAGUGCCAGACUGGAGUCUGAUAGUGGUCGUGAGUGAACAGGGCUCCGAGUGCAACCCCACAAUGGCUGCGUUCCAGCCGACGACCCCUGCACAGCUUGUGCGACACGGGAUUGUUAAACAACACAGCUUAAACCUGCUUCCAGACUGGGGGCUCAUCACAGGUAUCUUGUCUCUGUUGGUGUUGCUGAUAAUAGUGUUGACAGCCUCUGCUCUUGUCUUGAGGCCUAAUCGGUCCAACCUCAACGCUCAAGGGAGGCCAAAGACCAAGUGGCGCAGCUUGGGUGUACCCAAUGUUCCUAUUGAAUAUGUUUAUAAUACAGAAAGUGCGGACGGCUCUGAGCCACUAGGUCUGAGAGGGGUGGGAGAGGGAGCAGAAUCAGAGGAACCUGCUGUUUGCAAAGGAGAUUUCAGAACUACGCUAAUGGAGCUGGAGGAGUUUAAUGUGAAAACUCUGUAUGACAAGUUAGAGGAUCAGAAUUUACAUCUGGCAUCCCAGCUGGCAAAGCACCGCAAAGACACACAGGAGUUUUACAGGAACAUGUGCCAGCAAAUUGAUGCUCUGAGGGACACACUAGAACAUAUGGAACCCUCAAAACUGAACCAGCUGAAAAAAAUACUAGACAAUGAAGUUCUGAUGAAAGGAGAAACUGCUCAUGAGCCGUGGAUGGGGCUGAUGGAAGCCGUGCUGAGAUCUUUGGAGGGAGUGCUGUGCAGGAUGAAUGGGGAGGUCUGGCAGCAACAGGACAGCACAGCAACAAAAAGCCACAGAGACACUCGAGAGAGUGAACUUCACACCGGAUACACUCAGUUUUCUCCUGCAGACAUGUCCGAGUUUAAAGUGGGUGCAGAUACAGAGGCAGCUUCCUCAGAUCCAGGUCAACAGCAGAGCACCAUCCCCUGCGUGAGUGAAGAGGAACUGGCCAAGUUUGUGUCUCUGACGCCUCUGUCCAAAACACUGCAGGAAAUAAAGGAAUCGCUCCAGACUCUCGCCCACACGUCCGAGACAGAGGACGUAAUUAUCAGCCCAGCAGAGGGUGAACCAUCGCACCUGAUCCCUGUUGCCCUUGACAGCCUUUCCCCACAGCAUUUCGCUGUCUUCCUGUUUGGCUGCCAUGUUGUGCGUUUACUGAGCAGAGCUUGUUCCUUCCCCCCUGUCGUGCUGCUAUUGGCCAGGAUGGUGCCAGUCUCUCACUGUGAUAACCUGCUGGCCUACUGCCAUAAAGACUUUUAUUACGACACAGCCAAUCAAAUUCUGUACAUCCUAGAGAAGAAGCUUCAAAAUGCUGGCCAGUUCAUCUCCAUUCUCUUACACUCAAUGGCCUAUAUCACCUCAGGCUCAAAAUCUCUCGAAUUCAUAAAAGCCUUCCACUUGGCCGUUUCAGCACUAAGCAUGCAGUUGUUUCAUCACUCUUUCACUGAGGAUCAGAGGAAAGGAAAGAUGGAUGAGGAAAACACACCAGAGGCCUUUGGAACAUUAGUAGAGGACUUCUUCAGUGUAAAAAUACCUACUGAAACGCAUUUCACUGAACACCUGCUGGCAGAGAGACUUCAAGUAUAUAAAUACUUCAAGUUGGAACAGCUCCUCCAAGAACUAAAACCAACUCUAAAAGACAGACAUGGAGAUGGACGAGGGCAAACUGGCCUAAAAACGCAAGUCCCAGUGCUGUGUAUGGAAAGAGAAAUAAACAGACUUGAUGAAGUUUACCAGCAGCUCUCCUCUGAACUCUACAGGGCAACACACAUACGCAGCUCACCGGAGAAGAAAGAGCCCAGGUUUGACAAACCGCUUCAGGAGCAGCAGGUGAUGCUGGAGCUGCAGAAUUGUACGGUGGAUCAGAGACUGAAGGCGAUGAGAGACAGAUUUUCUAAACUGAGCUCAAGCCAGCAAGCGAGUCCUAAUGAAAGCACACCUGCUCACGGCACAGUCCUGGCUCAGGAAGACAGCCAGACUCCCAGCAAAUGCAAACCAGACAGGGGAGGAGCAGAGAAACAGACACCUGCUGCAGGACAGUCCAGCAACAAGAAGAAGCAGAGCAAGCAUAUGGACAAAGAUGAGGAAAAGGGUGUGACUGCGUGAGGAAUAAUGUUUGAAAAUGGUGAUUAUUCUAAAAAUAAUCUGUUUCUUGUCUUUACACCGUUUUAUUCUUACAGAUCUUACAAAUUACAAUCAUUAUUUUAUCCAUUCAUAAUGACUGUGAAACUUGUGUGGCACAGUCACAGCCAGUCAGAAGAUAUUUAAUGUUUAAUGUACAGUUAUGAUGAG